AUGGUGAUGCUCGUCACACGGCGAAAGGUGUGUGUCCUGCUAGCAGCUGUGGCGAUCGGGAGUCUUCACCGAUCCUUCCUGUGCAUCGAUGCGCGGGUUCAGCCGCCCCGGGCACAGACGCCUGCGACCUUGCAGGAGCUGCCACAGAUGCCUCGAGCAUCAACUCUCGGGACAGAGUGGAGCUCAUGGGCUGCCACCGGCCUGCUAGCAGCUGGUGCCGCGGCAUUGGCAUGGAGGUCUCAGGCUCGUGAUGACUCCUCCACUACCAUGUAUGGUGGACAUGACAAGCGCACCUUUCGCGGGAAGUUGCAUGCUCACACCUUCGGGAAGUUCCGCCUGCGAAAGGGCAAGAAGAGGCGCAUCAAGGCCAUCAAGAAUGGCACGUUUGAUGCGAGCAAAGUGGUGCAGAGAGGUGAUAUGGAGAAAGCCAUGGAAUGGUUGAAGAAAAAGGGCAUGGCCAAGGCAGACAAGAAGGCUGGAAACGUGGCGGUGGAGGGUUGUGUGGCCUCCUACGUGCAUUUCAACAACAAGACGAUUGCAGUCCUGGUGGAGGUCAACAGUGAGACAGACUUCGUGGCACAGAACGACAUCUUCAAGCAGUUUGCUGCUGAUAUGGCCAUGCAGGUGGCUGCCAACGAGGAGGUGGGUUUCAUGACAGUGGACGAUGUCCCAGCCGGGAUUCAGGAGAAGGAGAAGGCCCUUGAAAUGGCCAAGGAGGACUUGGAGGGGAAACCUGACGCAGUGAAGGAGAAGAUUGUGGCUGGACGUUUGAGAAAGAAGUUUGAGGAGAAAGCUUUGAUGAAUCAGAAGUGGUUGAAGGAUGACAACAUCACCGUGCAGGAAGCGGUGAAGCAGAUCAUUGCCAAGCUCGGAGAGAACAUCGUGGUGCGGCGCUUCGAGCGGCUCACGCUGGGCCAAGGCCUCGAGAAGAAGGACGACGACUUCGCAGCUGGCGUAGAUCCUCGCCUCGCAUGGGUUCGGGAGAAGGAGUUGGCGAAGUGGAAGACCGAAGGCGAGGCAAAGGAAGAAAAGAAGGAGGAACCCAAGAAGGAAGAGCCGAAAGCCGAGGAGCGCGAGAAGGCAGAGGAAAAGAAGGUCGUACAGGUCUCAGCGGCUCAGGUAAAGGAGCUCCGUGGUCGCUCAGGCGCUGGCAUCCUCGACGCCAAGAAGGCCUUGACCGAGUGCGACGGCGACAUGGACAAGGCUAUGGAGUGGCUCAAGAAGAAGGGCAUGGCAAAGGCUGACAAGAAGGCCGGGAAUCUCUCUGCAGAGGGUGUGAUUGCUUCAUACGUUCACUUCAACAACAAGUUUGGCGUGUUGGCGGAGGUGAACAGUGAGACCGAUUUCGUGGCGCUGAAUGAGAUUUUCAAGGAGUUUGCCAACGAUGUUGCCAUGCAGGUGGGUGCUCUUCCUGAUGUGCAGUUCGUCUCCGUGGAAGACGUGCCCGCGGAGGUCAUGGCCAAGGAGAAGGAGUUGGAGAUGGGAAAGGAAGACUUAGAUGGGAAGCCUGAUAACAUCAAGGAGAAGAUCGUGGCAGGUCGCUUGAGAAAGAAGUUCGAAGAAACCGCCCUGUUGAGUCAGAAGUGGAUCAAGGAUGAGGAUAAGACGGUCCAGGAGGUGCUGAAGGAGACGGGUGGUGAGAGAGAGAGAGAGAGACGCUUAAGUCACUUCAGUCACGCCAGAGGAGGUUGA